AGCGAUAGUACAGGAUCAGAUACAUAUGGGAUAAUAAUAGCUAGCUAUAGUCUAAAAUACUGUCAUUGUUUGUUAUCGUGAAAGAAACCCAAACGUAAGAGGUUGAAUCCUUUGUGCCGUCGGAAGGGACGAGAACAAUGAAUCGUUUCCGAGCAUGCAUUUUUACUUUUAUGUUUAAACUCUGUAUCGGAAAUUCUUGCAUUCAAUUGGUAGCCGUGUGUGGGAAUGAUCUGACAUAACCACGUACAGCCUUGGCUGGUAACUUCUAUGGCCUAUUAUUAGCCCCUGAACACUGGAGACCGCCUUCUCAGCUGAGUCUAGUCUAGGAGGACAAAUAUUCAUUACGUAACAAUACAGGAUCCGUUUCCCAAACCCACUUCCUGGACACCAGCGCCGAAGCUAGGCCCUAUACCGAGGCAGAGCGGAAGCCCCAUCCAUUCGUCGGCUGGCGCGGUGUACAGCUGAGCCGGUUGUUUCAUGCUUAUCCAUUACAUACACCAGGCCACCCCUCCUUCACAGCUCCUCUUUGUGGGUCAGUGAUGCAGCGGGAGUGACGCAGCAACGGCGGCAGCCUCCAGUCUAAAAGGCAACCAUAAAGAACAGGACCGGGGAAUCUCUGCCAGACCCGUGGCCCACAGGCCACUUCCAGACCGAGGAGGGAAGAUGGUGGAGGCUUGAUCUAGGCCAAAGAGAGCGAGCGGGAGCCGAGUAGUCACUGUCCUUUCCGCCUCCUAAACAAACAGCAGAGCGACGUCCACAGGGGCAGCAACAGGCCCAGCGAGACCUGCGCAGAGACAUUUUGGUAGGCAACUCGUGUGUGAGUGUGGGCUACUGCAUUGACGAGUGUCUUUCUAUGCUAGGAGUGUAAAUGCUUACAGAAUGAGGAUGAGGCCUACUCAGCCCCGUAGGGCUCGCUGAGCCUCCCUGCUAAUCGUCCACAUCGACACUCGGAGGCCUGUAUCUUUGUCCCGUAUGCGGUGGUGUCUAUGCGGUUUGACCGAGGGUCGUGAAUUAUUAACUGUUUUGGUUCCGGUUUAGCUUGAGAUAAGAUUGACCAAAGAAUAGUCUCCCAGUUCUUCUAUUAAAAUAAACAACGGUUCCCGAAACCGGAAAGCCGGUUUGCCCCAUUGAGCAAAUUAAAGAGCGUUGCCGCUUACAUAAUGACAUAAUGGUGAAAACGGAAUAGUAUGUAAUGUAAUAUGUACUGUACAAACAAAUUGGGGGUUAUUUUGUGUUGGCUACACGGUGGACUGGAUAACACAAAUAACCAAUGGAACAGAAUUCUAAGUAUGGCCGCCAUAAAACCAUUUGAGUUACUGGGAACGUGAAACUAAAUAUUACGAGGAUAAAGCUUCAGUGUAUUCUCUUUUAAAUGGUGCCUGUGCGACGUUCUAGAUAUCUUAUGACUGACAGCGGUCUCAGCUUUGGUGGUUGUUGCAAACUCAUCCCCCUCCAACUCCAAGCUGACUCCCCCUUGACAGUCUCCCAAAUGUAGGUUUUAUGUCUCCAGCUAUUGAGUGAGAGUUUCAGGUAGUCACACCGACAAGGCCCUUUGUGUACACUGGCCCCUUAAGACCAAUGUUCAGAUCUCGCUGCCAGACAAGAAACUUGUAGUGAAUUGUGUAUUUAUGAAACCAACACAACGUGAACACAAGCAGAAAAAGGGAACGGGAAAAUAUAGCAGCUAAGAUUUAGAGUGAUAAGUGAGUUUAAUAUAAGGGACUACAGCACAAAGACGCCUGCAAUAGCUAGUUGCUACUUCAGCGCAGCGUGACAGCGAGCGUAACGAUAUGGCACCUGCUUUUUUGUCUCCUGAAGUCAACGGUGCAUGAAGACAAAUGGCUUUCGAGGGCGAAGACCCACGCGGUCAUGCGACUGCGCUCAGUUGUGUAAAUUAAAGAGGCUGCUUCCGUCCUCGCAGGCUAGCGAGAGGCUCAGUGCCACGUCGGGUUCAGCUUCCUCCCCUCCCCCUCGUCUGCAGUGCUGACGCAUCUGCUGCUUUUGCAUCAAUCAGCAGCCUCUGUAUAGGUAGACCGAGAGCCCCAGCCGAUACCGGGACUCCCGUUUCCCCAUCAACCUCGCAUUACAUUGCAUUACAUUACCUCGCAACUCGACUACGACUGUGAGGGGGGAAAAAAAGCAUCUGGGAACAUCUGUCCUGUGACAGCUGUGAUGCAUUGUAAGACAGUAGUCAGUGUCGUGUUUUCACGGGUUUUGCGUUACCUAACCACAGUGACUGCAUAAGCACAGACAAAAAGGCUUUUCACAUCUUUGAAUGUGCACAGACGUGUGCACAUUCAUGAAACAGAUGGUGAAGCGAUCAAAGUGCAUGUCGUUUUUUCACGAGGGCUAUAGAUAGCAUUAUUUUGUGCGAGAUUUUUCCUUUCGGUCAACCUGCGAUGCAUCGGGAUCUUGCAGGUGCAGUGCAUGGGGGAUUUAAUGUUGUUUUGAUGUACAGCAGAGAUCCACACACUAUACGCUGCUACCAGCAAGGCAGCGCAGUGUUUUCUCUGGCUGGAGCGCAGAGCUGGAGUGUGAUGUAGCACCCAGCAUCUUUCCGCUCUCCCUACAGCCCUCUGCGCUACGCUUAAUAAAAGUUGCUGCUUCCUGCUCAGUGGCUCCAGAGCGAGCGCUUCGGUCGCCCAGCUAGCACAAAGGCAGACUCGUACUCCGGCUUAGCUACACGCUGGAUGAACUGUGUUAUUCCUACAGCGCUGUGGAGGCACAUCCAGGGGAGGGCAGGACAGAUCCAGCCCAGGACCAGGGCUGCAUGGAUAGAGGCGAAGGACGUUUGAGCAAGAGUCAUCUGCACACAGAGAGGGAGGGAGAGGAAGAAAGACGUCAGAGAAAGCUCUGCUUCUGACAACACCACUGUUCAGCGACCAUCGUUGAAAAAAAAAAAAAAAGAAAACCUACUUUCAUCUCGCUCUCACUUAACAGUUUUUAAAUGUAUAGUUUGGUAUAGAGGAUUGUAGAAAGAGAGAUACUGCAUGACACCGUUUCCGGUUUGCCCCGCAUCAUUCUCUCUGAUUUACUAAGAUGACUGCGGGGUCCCUCAUGGAUAGUUCUCACUCUCACACCGUGCUGAGCCGGCUCAACGAGCAGCGCUCACAAGGCCUCUUCUGUGAUGUCACCAUUGUGGUGGAGGACGUGAAGUUUCGGGCCCACAAGAACAUUCUGGCGGCCUGCAGCGGGUACUUCAGGAGCGCUCUGACGUCUCCUGAGACUUGGACCUCCGGCCAAGUGCUGGAGCUGAUGGACCUGAAGUCCGACGUGUUCGCCAGCAUCCUCAACUUUAUAUACUGCUCAAAGGUGACAUCACUGUGUCCGCAGGACACCCGGGGCCUGGUGGCAGCUGGAAAAAGACUCGGAAUUCCUUUCUUAGAGAACCUAGCAGAAGAGCAGAGGCGGGAUGAAUGUGUUCAAUCCACAGACUCCACCAAAGCCGAAAAAAAAGCAAAGCGGGAGGCUCCCAGGCCUGAGGACAUUGACAAAGGGCCACGCAUCACCAACGCCUUCUCCAUCACUGAAGUGUGUCCGGGGAACAAUCUUUUCCCCCCCCUGAUUCAGAGCAACAGGGAGAGGCGAUCAUCAGAUGAGGGACAGCUCCCAUCAAAUAGCCCAACGGUCGCCUGCCUCGGCAACAACAACGAGACGACGCAAGCCCUCUCAGAGCACUCGUAUGCGGUGAGCACAUCAACCGAGGGCAAGGACGGGGGUCAGUGGGAGAACAAGAAGGUCUGCGAGCCAGCGAUGCCGCAGUCAAAGCAACUCAUUUACAGGAACGCCGGUCCGCUUAAAAAGCGCCACAGGCUGAGAGGAACUUUGUGUCGCAGCAUACUUCCGGCGCCAGCCGAACCACAAAAAGAUAACCUGACUACAAUAACCCCGUCAUUAGCUUACGGUGUUUCCGCAGCACCUGUUUUAGUCAUGACGCCACCGUCGCUUAUUUCCGAGGCAGAAACGGAAAAGAGAGUAGACCCCGGCAUACCUGCAGCCACUGGGAAUGUUCAAAUGGACUUAGGACCACCGGCCCUCUCCCCGCAAACAGAGGACUGCAUUUCAAUUUAUGGUUGUGACCACUGUGAAGAGAUAUUCACAAACAGGGCUCUCCUCACCAUUCACGCGGAGGUACACAAGAAGCGUUUUGUCAGCCAUUUGUUUUGCAAGUUUUGUCACAGAAAGUUUAUACACCUCAAACGCCUGCGCAACCACGAGCUGGUCUGUCCCAAACCCGCGAGGGGCCCGCCGAAACUGGAUGCCACCGACAUGCCCACCAAAGGGGCGGAGCUCCCUUCGCACGGCCUGCCGAACGCGGGGAGCCUUGCGACACAGCUUCCUUCGGAUGACCCCUGCACACCACACCCCCCGGAGCCACUUCAAGUGGACCAACCGAAGCCUUCGCGCGUUGAGCGGGCGGCGAGGCUCGGCGGCGGACAGAGGAGAUACAACUGCAGUGUGUGUAGACGGGUCUACGUCACCCUGUCCAGUCUGAAGCGGCACGAGAACGUCCAUUCCUGGCAGAGGGCAUAUCCCUGUCAUUAUUGCAAUAAAGUGUUUGCGUUGGCAGAGUACCGUACGAAGCACGAAAUCUGGCACACGGGGGAACGCCGCUAUCAGUGCAUUUUCUGCCUGGAGACAUUCAUGACAUAUUAUAUCUUAAAGAACCAUCAAAAGUCUUUUCACGGCAUUGAUCCCAGUCACGCCGUUAAGAAAAAAUCUGCCAACGGGGGUCUGAAAGCCAGUGUUUAUCCGAUCAAACUCUACAGGCUUCUGCCUAUGAAGUUCAGAAAGAGACAAUACAAGACGUACAGCCAGACAUUUUCGGAGUGUGUUGACAACGACGACGACGCUCCACCGGACUCUCUUGUCCCUCCAUUUGAAAAAAACGUCCCGAGCGGCAACGCUGACGCCGUUUCGUUUCCCCUGACUUUCAUGACAACGACGAAGAUGGUGGCCUCUGUCAUCCCUCGCAUCAGCUUCGGCAAGACGUGUGACCAAGACGUUGACCGAGGUCCGCCCAAGCACUUGGAAAAUCAGAGAGGCGCGAGAGAAGAGGACGAGGAUGGAGAUUCCCCCUUCACCUCGUCUUUGCAGCCCGGGUCUCCCGCUGAGGGUUACAGAGAUGUUCCUCCAGUACUAAAGCACUCAAAGCACGUCGGCCAUAGCGUGCCCUUCCUAAACUCCUUGAGCACUGUUAGAAAGUUAAGUGAGUUGUCGGCUUCCGCGAAAAGAGUUGAGGACAUGACCAAGGAGAUCCUUCAGUCGAGCACCGAGAAUCAGGUACACGAUCGAACGAUGGGGGCAAAGACAGAAACAUACAUCGCCAAACCCGCCUGCCCGGGUCCAUCGGUGGAUGGUGCCGCCAUGCCCCUGUGUCAGAUAACAGUGAAAAUAGGCAAUGAAGCCAUCGUCCGCCGCCGAAUCAAAGGAUCUAAGCUCUUCCCCAGAAAGAAAAGGAGAAUCAGAGAACUGAGUGAGGAGGAGAGCCCGGGUCAGGGCCCGCCGACGCGGGAGAACCCGGAGAGCCCCCGGCGCCGCCUGAGACAGGAAGUCGCUGCCACAGCGGCGGAGACAUUGGAGGAUCCCAAUGACUGUGACAGAGCCGACAUGCUUUGGCGUCCCUACUACUCUUACAAAGCUAAAAAGAAAAAAAAGACGUUGAGAUUCAAGCACAGAAAGGCCUUGUUUCAUGGUUACCCUGAAACAUCUGGAGACAGAACGGCGCCCGAUGAGACCCCCCUCGAUAGAAGCACUUGGCCGACGGAAGAGGCCGUGUCAGGUUGUAGUGGAGAGGUAAAGCGUAGCCUGAGCAGGAACUCCAGCCCGAGGACCACCUACAACUGUGACAUCUGUGACAGCUCUUUCAUCACAGAGACGGGUCUGAAAGCUCACGUCAUUGGUUCCCACCCAUGUUUCUGCCGGACCUGUGGUAAACAAGGCCCCCCCGGCGAGGCACCUGCCGGUGGCGAUUACAUCUGCAACCGCUGUAUGGAAAAUGGCUCCUGCUUUGAUAACACAGCCCGGAGCCCCAACCCCGAGAAGAAGUAUCGCUGCUCCUUCUGUCCCCAGCGCUUUCUCUACCUCGCCACCAAGAGGAGUCAUGAGAAAAAACACCAGGAGGCAAAUGAGGAGGGAUAUCAUUCCGACAACUUCUCACCGUGUUCAGACCAUUCCGCACACUUGAGAGAAGACGGCAAACAAGGGGACGUCAAAACAGAAGACGGCGAAAAUCAGGGAGCCGUUGUUGUAAAAACUGAAAGGGUGGAAGAAGGACAUUGUUACAGUGAUCAAAUUAAGCCUAAAAUUGAGGACACAAAUGACUUGAUGUCUUUGACCACCUACCAAGACAUGUCUGAUUCCAACAUUAAAAGUCCAUUAUCGCCGGCCAUUGACCCGUUACUUUCCCCGACAACCCCAAAGAUGAAACAUAAAAUGGCAAAAAAAGGGAUCAUUGCGCAGCAUUCGACGCAUGUCAUCUCCCAAAAGCCGGCUUGCGACAGCAACCAGGACAUCUUGACGGGGCCAAAAACAUCCAGCGACAAUGAUCCGGAGAAGUCCUGUAAACUCUCUGGGAGAAAUGACUCUGAAACUAAAGACACCCGUGUUUCUAUACACAAGCCAGAGAAGUGGAUCUGCAAAGAAGAGCCAUUUUUUAAAGAUCUUUGAGGACUAUGGACGACGGUCGGCAGCAGCUAAAGUGAAUAAAGCCUCUGCAGCUAAGCUCAAUAAAUAAAUUGUUCGGAAUCCACAGCAGCAAACGGGAAGAACCAACAGAACUCGCAUGCUGUCAUUUCUUCCCUCCUGAACUCAAUGAAUAAAUAAUUUUGCACCUUUGUAGAAGAUAUAUUUGGGAGAAUAUAGGACCUUCUGAUACGGACUCUAUGCAUAUAUGUCAGACUCAGUGAAUUAACUGUAAGCAAUUGUAACCCGGAGGGUUAGGGAGUGUUGGAGAACCGAAAAGCUUCCUAGUGUGGUUACAUCUUCACUUUUUAAAACGUGUCUGGGGAACACAUUAGGAACUUCACAACAGUCACAUUUCUAAUACUCACGUCUUGGUUAUGGUGAGUUGCACUUUAAUAAUAAACUAUGCUGUUCUGUUGUUUCAAUACUUUGAUAAUUCAAUUCCAUGCACCAUUGAAAUAAUUAUAAUUUCUAAGUUGACAAAUGGAACCAUUGAGAUUAAAGUUAGUUUUUUGUUGGAUAUGUAUAAAAUGUUGAGUAAAAAUAAUGAAAUAAAUGUUGUUGAUAUUCUAAACAGAUACAUCCUGUCCUCCUUUAGCCUGUCAUUGGUUAAUGCUUGAGUAUCCAUUCACAGUAUUGAGUGACCAUUGACUGACUAGCAAUCUUACUACUUGCCUUACAGUAAGAAAAAAAAAAGAUUUCAACAUUUUAAAUGUUUCAGUUUGAACCUUCAUGUACCAUGUGGUUCUGUACCAAACCCCGUUCACAGCAAAACUAUUUCCUAAAUAUAAAGCCACAUGGUGGUUAUCUGCUACUCCCGGGGCUUCAGGGACCUACAGCCCAUCUGAGAAGUUCAUUCCCUCAUUCUUCAACACAGACUGCAUCUGUAUUUGGAGUUGGGCCUCAAACACAAUUUCCAGAUGUUUUUGAAUUUUUAACUUCUUUCUAAGACUGAGCUGGUGAUGUAACAAAUGGAUCAUACUUUUGAGGUACAUGGUGGUGCUCAACACACUGUUUAUGCCAAGAAGGAAACUUUUUCCAUUAUUUUAAUAAAGGCCAUUGGAGUAUUAUUACUGAUGCUAUCGAAGAUUUUGUAUGAGCAGCAUUUUUACUUACUUUGCCUUUCAUAACCUUUAUCAAUGAGACUUACGCCAAGAGACAAAGAAAGAUUAGUUACUGUAAUGCCAAAUAUUCAUAUUGUAGAAGUUUAGUGAGAAGCAUGUUGUUGCAAUAACUUCAAUGUACAACUGAAAAGUGCACAUACUCACUAUAUUGUACAAUGUAAUAAAAUAUAAGAUACAAAUCCAA